CUCUGUCUCUCUCUCUCUCCCCCACUGUAAACCAUUUCUUCUUCCCUCCAUUUUCUUUGUCUUUCCCUGUUCCACUGAAUCAAAGCCUUUUCCUUUAGUCAAAAGCACCCUUGGGGACCCUCCAUCAGUCCCUUUCUCCCUUUAUAUAUUUUUAAUUUCCAACAUCAACUAUCCAUUAAUCUAUAUUAAUCCGAAUAAUGUUAUGAUUAAUCCAUUUUCAUUAUCCAACUGUAAAGCAACCUCCUCUGGAGAUGAAAAUCUCCACCACCUUUUCUUCACCUUCUUUCUCUUCAUCUUUCUCUCUAACCAAACACCCCCAACCCAACCCAAACACAGCCUCUCUCGGCCACCAUGCCCUCCCGCCCAUUUCCUCCAAGCUCAACCCCGAAACCCACUUCAGUUUUCAGGACAAAGGUGUUGUUUUUGGCUAUCACUAUCUCUUCCACUGUUCUCAUUCUCUUUGCAUUGGUCUACUUUGUCUUCUACCUCUGGUACUCUCUCGUUCACCGCUCUAGAACCAGUCCUUUUGACUCCACAGCGCCUCUCAAGCUCCACAGGUUUAGCUACAAAGAGGUCAAAUCCGCCGCUAAUGGAUUCGACGCAGGAAACGCCAUCGGCAAAGGGGGCUCCGGCACGGUGUUCCGGGGCGUGCUGCGCGAUGGCAAGUCCGUGGCGAUCAAGAAGCUCGACGCGACGUCGUUUCAGGCGGAGCGUGAGUUCCAGAACGAGUUGAUGGUGCUGGGUGGUCUCAGAUCGCCUUUUGUGGUGUCGCUUUUGGGGUAUUGCGCUGAAAAGGGAAAGAGAAUACUCGUUUACGAGUAUAUGCCGAAUCGAAGCUUGCAAGAGGCGCUUUUUCGAGAUGGGAAUUUGAAUAUGAGCCUGAAUUGGGAGCAGAGAUUCGAGAUUAUCAACGAUGUGGCUCGAGCGCUGUCAUUUCUGCAUCUGGAGUGCGACCCGCCGGUAAUUCAUGGCGAUGUAAAGCCCAGCAAUGUGCUUCUCGAUUCCGAUUAUCGAGCUAAGCUUUCGGAUUUCGGGCUGUCCAGAAGCAAAAUGGAGGGGGAAUUCGGAGUGGAGAUGUUCAGUCAGGAGUUGGGUCGGAGCCAGGAGCUGUGGAAGAGCCAAGAGCUGUCGGGAAAUUUAGCUUUAGCCGGGGGUGGGGCAGAAACACCGGCGGAUAGCGCGCAUGAGGUAGACUUUGCUCUUGCCUUGCAAGCUUCGUCUUCUUCCAAAAAUAGUAGGAGUUGUUACAAUGUGAAGAGUUUGAGCUUGAAUUCACUCAAUUACAAUGCUAAUAUGGCGAGUGAGGGUGAUUUCAAGAUUGGGAAUGGGACUGGGAAUGGGAAAGGAAAGGAGGUGUCGUGUGUGGACAUGGGUGGAGGCGAAGAUUGGAACAAGUUUGUCGCCUAUGAUGAUGAGCCUUGCAGCAUUGAGCAUAGUAAGGAGUUGAAUGGUAAUGCUUCUUCAGUUGUUGAUGAUGUUUCUGCCGGGUCUAAACAAUGGGGGAAAGAUUGGUGGUGGAGGCAGGAUGGGAGUGGUGAAUUGUGCAGUAAAGAUUAUGUUAUGGAGUGGAUUGGGAGUCAGAUUUGCCCUUCUGCAAACCCGGAUUGGGAGGAGGAGAAGAAGUGCUCCCCCUCCCCCUCCCCUGCGAAACCCCAAAACUCCAAUUUGAAUAGUUCCAUUAGGCUGGAGGAAUCCCAGUUAGGGGAAGUUGGGAUUGAAAAUGCUAACAAGGGGUUCGAGAAGAGAGAAACCAAGGGCUGGAAAACCCGAACCAAGAAGAAGCACAGGAAGAUGCAGGAAUGGUGGAAGGAGGAGCACCUUGCAGAGAUUAGCAAGAAGGGUGCUAAGAUGAAGAAGAUGAAGAAGCUGGAGACCAGGUGGAAGAAGGGCUUCAGAAUGCCACAUCUUGAUCUGGGAAGAAGGUUUCAGCUGAGGAGGAGGAGAAGGAAAUUUGGGGAUCAGAAUGAGAACGAGUAUGACCCAAAUAUGGAGUUCAGUUUCAGAAGGGGCUGGAGGAAGAAGAACACCCCUUCUGCUGGUAGCGAGAUGUGGAGCGGAGACCUCUUCAGCCGUGAGCUGAGCAGCACAACCAGCAUGAGGGGGACCUUGUGUUAUGUUGCCCCAGAGUAUGGUGGGUGCGGAUACUUGAUGGAAAAGGCCGACAUUUACAGCUUAGGGGUUUUGAUCCUUGUCAUUGUGUCCGGUAGAAGGCCACUACACGUUCUCUCCUCCCCCAUGAAGCUGGAGAAAGCAAACUUGAUAAGUUGGUGUAGGCAAUUAGCUCAAGCCGGAAACAUUUUAGAACUCGUGGACGAGAGAUUGAAAGACGGGUACAGUAAGGACGAAGCGAGCUUGUGUAUCAACUUGGCGCUCACUUGUCUGCAGAAAAUACCAGAGUUGAGGCCUGACACUGGGGAGAUUGUUAAGAUUCUGAAAGGGGAGAUGGAUCUCCCCCCACUCCCUUUUGAGUUCUCUCCCUCUCCACCUUCCAAAUUGUUCAGCAGGUCCAGGAGGAAACACAAGGCCAGUGCAGGCUCUGAAACUCCAGCCUAUUGAUCUUGCUUUUCAUAAUUUGUCAAUUCAGGUUCUGCAAAGUGGAAAGAAAAAACACUUUUCACUGUGAGGAUUGUGUCGUUUUGUAAAUCUAGAUGGAUGGUGUUUUUAUUUUCAUAAUCUUGAGAACAGGAUUUGCAGUUGAAUUUGGGAGAGGAUGUUUAGAAACCAUGCCCAAGUGGGAGGAUUCUACAUUCUGCCUCUUUUCUAUUUCCAUUAAGCACCUGUAUCUCCAUAGAUGGAGUGGUUUACUACUUUUAUUAGUCUGUAAAUAUCACCACCAAUAGUCUCUGUUAUUGGUUUUUGAACUUUAACUUUAUUUUGGUGGAAGUGAUUUGUAACUACUCU